AUGUUACCGUGGAUACCGAGGAACACAGCCGUGGGCUUUCUCGUGCUUUCCGUCGCUUUGUGCGGUGUCCAUAGCACGUCGAUCAGCAGUCGCCAUAAGCGACAGGUCAAACAACUUGAAGCAGAUAUUGAAAAUGAUGCCGAGCUCUGCAAGGGUCGAUCACCGUCAGAAUAUUUCCGUUUGACGGCCGACGAAGAUUGUCGAGAUGUAGUCCGUUGCUCUGUUCAAGGCCUGCUGGCCUUGCGCUGUCCUUCAGGAUUGGCGUUUGACAUUGACAAACAAACCUGCGACUGGAAGUCGAACGUAAAAAAUUGCAAGCAGCUUGAGAAGCCUCGACUUGUGGCCCCGCUGCUAGCUACCGACGAGCCUCUCUGCGAUCCUGGCAAGCUUGCUUGCGGUAAUGGGGAUUGUAUCGAAAAGGAACUCUUCUGUAACGGCGUAGAAGAUUGUAGCGACAGUUCGGACGAAAACGUCUGUACGGUGGACAAGGAUCCAAAUCGCGCUCCACCAUGCGACCAGUCACAGUGUGUACUUCCCGACUGUUUCUGCUCAGUGGACGGUACUCAGAUCCCUGGCAAGCUCGAGCCCAACACCGUACCUCAGAUGAUCACCAUCACUUUUGAUGACGCUAUAAACAACAAUAAUAUUGAUUUGUAUGAUAAGAUCUUUAGGGAAGGCCGUAACAAUCCUAAUGGAUGUAUGAUCAAGGGCACCUUCUUCGUUUCGCACAAAUACUCUAACUAUUCAGCCAUCCAGGAGAUGCACCGGAAGGGACACGAAAUGGCCGCCCAUUCUAUCACCCAUAAGCACGAUGAGAAGUACUGGUCUGAAGCAUCCGUUGAAACCUGGGCAAAGGAAAUGGCCGGAGUGCGUCUGAUUAUGGAGCGCUUCUCCAACAUCACUGAUAAUUCUAUAGUAGGAGUACGCGCUCCCUAUCUCCGGGUCGGUGGUAACAGUCAAUUCAAAAUGAUGGAAGAUCAAUCCUUCCUCUAUGACUCAACGAUCGCUGCCCCACUUUCAAAUCCACCCCUGUGGCCAUACACUCUCUACUUUCGUAUGCCUCACAAGUGUCAUGGAAACGGCCAAAAUUGUCCCUCACGUUCGCACGCUGUCUGGGAGAUGGUGAUGAAUGAGUUGGAUCGUCGUGACGACCCGUCAUUCGACGAAGAACUCGCUGGUUGCGCUAUGGUGGACGCCUGCUCGAACAUUAUUUCAGGCGAACAAUUCUACAACUUCCUGAACCACAACUUCGAGAGACAUUACAAGACGAAUCGCGCCCCACUGGGUCUGUACUUCCACGCCGGCUGGCUCAAGCUCAAUCCCGACUAUCUAGACUCAUUCAUCCAGUGGAUUGACGAAACGCUCGCCAAGAACGACGUAUUCUUCGUAACGCUAACUCAGGUAUUGCAGUGGAUGCAGGAUCCGACCCCGAUCGCUGGCGUUCGUGACUUUACUAACUGGAAGGAAAAAUGCGACGUCAAGGGUCAACCUCUUUGCUCUCUGCCGAACGCUUGCCCGUUAACGACUAGAGAGCUGCCUGGGGAAACUAUCCGACUUCACACGUGCAUCGAAUGCCCGCAGAACUACCCCUGGCUCGAGGACCCCACGGGAGACUACUAUGCGUUUAAGAAAUACCAUAAGCACGAUGAGAAGUACUGGUCAGAAGCAUCUGCCGAAACCUGGGCGAAGGAAAUGGCUGGAGUGCGUCUGAUUAUGGAACGGUUCUCUAACAUCACUGAUAAUUCUAUAGUGGGAGUUAGAGCGCCCUAUCUUCGAGUAGGAGGCAACAACCAGUUCUUCAUGAUGGAGCAGCAAGCCUUCUUUUAUGACUCAACAAUCGCCGCCCCGCUUUCAAAUCCACCCCUGUGGCCAUACACUCUUUAUUUUCGUAUGCCUCACAAGUGUCACGGAAAUGGGCAAAAUUGUCCCUCACGCUCGCACGCUGUGUGGGAGAUGGUGAUGAAUGAGCUGGAUCGUCGUGACGACCCGUCCUUCGACGAAGAACUUGCUGGUUGCGCUAUGGUAGACGCCUGCUCGAACAUUAUUUCAGGCGAACAGUUCUACAACUUCCUGAACCACAACUUCGAAAGGCACUACAAGACGAAUCGCGCCCCACUAGGUCUGUACUUUCACGCCGGCUGGCUCAAGCUUAAUCCCGAUUAUAUAGAGUCAUUCCUCCAGUGGAUUGACGAGGUGCUCGCCAAGAACGACGUCUACUUCGUAACGAUGACGCAGGUACUGGAUUGGAUCCAAAAGCCAACCGAUAUUACUGGGGUCCGUGACUUCGCCCCAUGGAAGGCCAAGUGCGAUGUCAAGGGCCAACCCCUUUGUUCUCUACCCAAUGCCUGCCCAUUGACAACCAGAGAGCUUCCCGGUGAAACCAUCCGUUUACAUACUUGCGUCGAGUGCCCACAAAACUAUCCUUGGCUGGAGGAUCCCACUGGAGACUACUAUGCCUUUAAGAAAUGAAAGGCUUUAUUAAAACGUUUGAACAGCCGCAAUGCACAACUUGUUCUCGUUGUUAAAGUAGGACUUAUUUUUCUGUCCGCUAUACCGUAAUGAGCAGGAACUGAACGUGAACAAGACAGUAUCAAACGGCAGAGCGCCGUAAAUAACAAUUUAAACCAACACAAACGAUACCUGCAGUGAUCAAAUGCAUGCGAUAACGAUAGUUAUUAUUUAACCGUAAUUCUUUUAAUAUAUAUUAUGUACUAUGAUUUUACUAUAUAAUUUUGCAAUAUAAUUACCCAGCUUUACAGCCAGGCCGUAGGGAACGAAAAUCGCUUUUUGCAAUUGGUACAUAACAACAACAACACCAGACAGGCCUUCGGAGUGUAAAUAUUGUAUAUAGAAUAAAGCUCUGCU